AUGUAUGUCAAAACAGUAGAAAUGCACACCGGUGGGGGUCCAGUUAGAAUUCUGUUAUCUGGUUUCCCAAAAAGAAAAUUUGAAACUCUGUUGGAGCAUCGAAAUUAUGUAAGAGAGCAUUUAGAUCAUUUCCGUAAAGCUCUAAUACUUGAACCAAGGGGACAUCACGAUAUGUACGGCGUCAUUAUUGUACCUCCGACCCUACCGAACGCCGAUAUCGCCGUACUGUUCAUGGAUAACAGUGGUUACAGUACUAUGUGUGGCCAUGCGGUGAUAUCAAUGGCUAGGUAUGCAGUGGACCAUGGCUAUGUUAAGACAUUGAAAUCUCCAGAAACCAAAGUUGACAUCCAAUGUCCGUGUGGAAUGGUAUCAGCUUACGUCAAAUAUGAUGGAACUAAAACUGGUGCCACCAGAUUUAUAAGCGUUCCUGCUUUUGUAUAUGCUACAGAUGUGGAACUUCCGAUGAAAAAAUUUGGUACUCUCAAGGUAGAUAUCAGCUAUGGAGGAGGAUUUUAUGUUUUUAUCUCGGCAGAGAAACUGGGGUUAGACGUUAGGAAGACUAAAUUGAAAGAUCUGGUUCAAGUUGCUGGUGACAUUACAGAUGUUGCUAAAGAACAUAUCAAAAUAGAAUUUCCAGAGAGUAAGGAACAGGCGUUUAUUUAUGGAACCAUUUUAACAGACGGACGGGAUUCAAACAUUAAAGCCACGUCCAUCAAUCUCUGUGUCUUCGCUGAUCGCCAGGUUGACAGGUCGCCAUGUGGGUCCGGAACAACAGCGAGGAUGGCCUUACUUUAUCAUAAAGGUUUAAUUGGACUGAAUCAAUCUAGAUACUUUCAGAGCUCGAAAACAGGUUCGUCGUUCUCCAGUAAAAUAGUUCGAGACACUACCAGUGGCGGACGCAAAGCUGUGAACGUAGAAGUAUCGGGACAGGGCUUUUAUUUAGGAACAUCGACAUAUACACUAGAGGUAGGCGACAAACUCGGUCACGGUUUUUCCAUCAAGUGA